AUGAGUCCUACGGUCGUUCAUCGCUUCCGCCACAUCAUUCAUAGAGCCCGUCAUUCGGUUUCGCGUCAGCGAAAGCCAACCAUAACCUCUCAACAUCGCAAUGAGCCCCUCUGGGAGCGACUGCCGACCAACGUCCUGGUCCAGAUCCUGGCAGAAUGCGAUCUCUACGACAUUUACUCUCUUAUCCUGACUUGUCGCCGCCUGCACCGGCGCAUCUACCGCAAUGAAUCCGCCAUCGCCCAGGAAUAUCUGCGUCGUCGCACACGACGACAUCAAUUUUCCGAGGAUCUGGAAUACGAUGAAUUGAUUGAUUCACCCGGCGACGACCUGUCCUUCAUCUCGGACCUCUUUCCCCCUCCACCACCGCAGUACACCGGCAUCGAUACCGAUAUGCGCGACGAUCUCCCCGAGUAUACACUUGGAUAUCUGGCGGAUCUCACGCGAUGCUGGACGACCUGUAUCCGACUCUCCUACUAUCUCGCCGAUUACGUCGUCAACAACCAUCUGCAGACCAACGCGAUCGCUCAACCGCUCUGGUCCUCCUCCAAAACUCAAAAGGAAGUGGUAUACAGUCGAGCGGUCGGGCUCUUGCAAGCCCGUCUCCUAUACCCCAUGGCCUACCUGAUCUUCUUCCUCGAAACCAACGCCACAAACCUCGACUCCAACCAGCCCCUCUCCCAACAAUCCAUCCUCCAAGCUCCCCCAUUCACAGACACCACCAUCCUCCUCUCCACCCACCACUGCAUGCACCUCCUCUGCACCUCCGUCCAGCGCCUCAUGGCCCCCGAAAUCCCACACACCUCAGCCGAGAACUGGCUCGGCCUACUCCUCACAACAUCCACCCUCGAACGACUCAUGGAUUUCUUCAUCGCCGCAGCCGCCGACUCCGGCACCACCAACACCACGAAACGAAAACCCUCCUCCUCGUCCCUAUCCCCACGAUCCAGCCCCUCAUCCUCCCCUCCGUUACCAUCUCUCUCAUCCACCUCGUCCACCUGGACCCGCCGACGCGAGUUCAUGUGGCGCAUGCGUGCCGAUCUAGGCGAGUUCCUGGCCCUGGCUGGCACCAGGGCUGGGGCGCGGUAUAGCAUCUCCGGGGGCUCGGACUACCCGUUGCCCAGUUUGGGGAGUAUAUGGUUCGGGGCGGCGCAGAGGGAGAUAUGUCGGCGGGGCGCGAUCCCGCAUUUUUGUGAUGAGGUGCCGGUGUUGCAUGGGUCUGGGGUGGUCUUGGGGUGUGAGUUUUGUGAUGAUGUUUCUUUUUGA